AUGUGCGGUAUUCUUGCCAUAUGCCACUGUGAACAUAACGGAACACGCCCUACGAAAUUCUCGCUUCUAACUGCGCAAGAACAUUCCAGUCGUCAAAGACACCGAGGUCCGGACUGUCACGGCUCAUAUCAGAACCCAGUAACCGGCGAUAUUCUCUGUCAUGAACGUCUGUCUAUCAUGGAUUUGCACUGCAAACACCCCUUACAGGGCACUCAAGCGGAUCAUCAGGAACGCAAUGGAAUGAUAUGCAAUCAACUCGACGGGGUAUUUGGUUUUGCACUUAUUUUUGGCGAUGAAUUCCUGGUGGCCCGAGACCCAAUCGGGGUUAAGCCUCUUUAUUAUGGUACCGAUAACGAAGGCAGAUUCUUUUUCAGCAGUGAACUGAAAGUAGUCGAAGACAUCUGUCGAGACAACGAAUUCGCUACGUUUCCUCCUGGCUAUUUUUGGACACCAAAAACUCGUUUCGUUCGAUAUUACGAGCCUUUAUGGUACCAGCCAAGCAACGCAACUGUCGAUUUGAACUUUCAACUUCUUAAAGAUGCUCUCAUAAAAGCAACGCAUAAAAGACUUAUGAGCGAUGCACCCAUUGGGGUUCUACUCAGUGGAGGUCUCGAUUCCAGUCUUAUCAGCUCAAUUGCGAUGAAGGAAAUGCUCAAAAGAGGGCUUACAAUGCGUUCCUUUUCAAUUGGUCUUAACGAACAAGCUCCAGAUGUAACUGCUGCCAGACGGGUGGCUCAGUUCAUUCAAAGCGAACACCACGAGUACCACUUCACUGUUCAGGAGGGUAUUGAAUGCAUCAACAAGUUGAUCUGGCAUCUCGAGACCUAUGAUGUUACCUCGAUCCGAGCCUCUGUACCCAUGUACUUUCUGUCGGAACGUAUCUCGCAGAUGGGUAUCAAAGUGGUUCUGUCUGGUGAGGGUGCCGACGAGAUUCUGGGUGGUUAUCUUUACUUUCACAACGCUCCCAACGAUGACGAAUUCCAAAAGGAAACCAUUCGUCGUGUACGACUGCUCAGUACAGCAGACUGUCUACGUGCCGACAAGUCGUGUAUGGCUCACUCCCUGGAAGUUCGUGUGCCGUUUCUGGAUAAAGCAUUCCUAGAUGUGGCUAUGCUCACACAACCCAAAUACAAACGACCCGCUCAACGCAACAACCACAAACACAAACUUGUCGAGAAAUGGAUUCUGCGUGCAGCUUUCGAUGUUCACGAUGAUCCUUAUCUACCAGAAGAGAUUCUCUGGAGACAGAAAGAGCAAUUUUCGGAUGGUGUUGGCUACUCGUGGAUUGAUCAACUGAUGAACUAUUGCGCUGAACAAGUCACUGAUGAACAGAUGUCAAAAGCGAGUCAGUUGUAUCCUUUCAAUACACCGCACUCAAAAGAAGCUUUCUACAUGAGGCAAAUAUUCCAUCAGCAUUUCCCCUCGGAUAACGCCGCUAAAACCGUUCUCAAAUGGAUCCCAAAAUGGCAGGAAAAUGAAGACCCCUCAGGACGUGCCUCGAAAAUACACCAACAUUCGAUUGAAAAUCGACCCCCUGCAGAUCUCAUUGACCUAUCUUCAAGCCCUCAUCCCACCUCCCAAAAUCAACGACUGUCUACAAGUUAA